CUACGUUUCUUACCUAUUUAAGAACUAUUUAAAAAAAUUUGAUAAGUCGGAAUUUUAUUUUUGUUGGAAAUUAAUGGCUCGAUACUUUUGCCAAAUUUGUAGCAGAGUACUGACUUACGGUGAGCAUAAUCCUUGCGUAUUUUAUAAGAAUGAUGACAACGUGUAUUCACUGCCAACAACAGGAAAUUCGGAUGAAGAUAAUGAAGAAGCCAAAGACAAAUGUAAGGAAAAUACGAAUGAGAAUUCUUUUUAUUUAAGUCAGUCUUUCCACCAAAAGGAAAAUAAAGAAUCUGAGCUGAUUAAUUUAUCGCUGUAUCAACAUAAUGAAGAAUUUAAGCCGCUUCCUACAAAAGUAAACAAGUCCAGGAUUUCUGCAGAGUGUUCCGGCAAUGCACAACUAAGUGAUCCUUGUGAUAUUUCUUAUUUUUAUCGCAUUUCAGAUGCUCAGGAGACGGAAGUGCAAGGCAAAGAAAACACAUCUUUUACAGCUUCUUCAGAAAACAUUGAAUCUGCUCAUAGACCUGAAAUCGUCCAUCGUGAAGCUUAUGAAGAGACGACAGUUUCAGCCGGAUCAAGUGGAUUUCAGAUACAAAAUCAAAGUGCAUCAGGUGUAUCAGACCUGCUCUAUGCAACAACUGAUGAAGAAUAUAAAACGUCUCUUGAAAAUAGCAAAUGGCAAACUUUGAAUUAUGAUAAAAAAAAUUUUAUUGAUUCUCUAGAAUGUGUCGUCAAAACAGGUCAUUCAGAAAGUAAAAGUAUUUCUGGAAAUGAAAAUUUGAUUUUAAGGAAUGUCUCAGAGUGUGUAAAUCAUAAAAAUAUUUCACCUGAAAUGCAUUCUCAAGGUCACAACAAUAAGAAGAAAAGAACUACCGACUUGAAGAUACCUAUCUCUACCAACGAGGAUGACAAUGCUGUGGCUGGUCCUUCCGGAUUCUGUUCUGGUAAGAAGAAAUUUCCUAAGAACUUCUGUAAGAAAGAUACUCCUAAAACGAAUUAUCGAACACACACUAGCUAUAAGGGCGAUAUAUGCAAGAAACAGUUCUCUCAAAAAUCAGGUCUCAACCUACAUUACAUAACCCACACGGGCAAAACGCUUUAUGCGUGUGAUGUAUGCGGAAAAGAAUUUACUAAAAAAAUAGAUCGCGACAGACAUCAUCGAACCCAUACCGGUGAGAGACCUUUUGUGUGCUACGUCUGCAAUAAAGGUUUUGCUCGAAAGGUUACUCUUAAGAAUCAUGUUAGGACUCACACUGGCGAAAAGCCUUUUGUAUGUGAUGUUUGUAAUGAAGCUUUCGCUCAAAAGGGUCAUCUUAAGAAGCAUGUUAGGACUCACACUGGCGAAAAGCCUUUUGUAUGUGAUGUUUGUAAUGAAGCUUUCGCUCGAAAGGAUACUCUUAAAACACAUGCUCGUACCCACACUGGAGAAAAGAAUUACAAGUGUCCAAUUUGUGGAAUGGCUUUCACGACCAGCAGCACUUGUUACAGGCAUCGGAGGAGAAUGCAUAAGUGAAAUAAACUUGUAAACUACCGAAAUAAUUCUUUUAAUCUUGUGUGGAAAUAUUUUGCAUUCUUAGCCGAAUUUAAACAAUUUUAAUAUGUGAGGAAGCACACGAGAGAAAAACCUUAUUAAUGUCCAGAUUGUGAAAUGACAUUCGCGCACAGCAGCGAUUGUAAAAAGCAUCACAGAAGAAAGCACGGGUGAAAGUAAUCAGCAAAUUACAGAAAUAAUUAUUUUACACUUCUAUGAAUUUUUUUUUUACA